AGCGCGUAGGCUAUCAAGUGGACAGGAUAUCCGAGCCCACCGGCUUGGACUAUUUGUUCAAUCAUCUUUGCCUGGCUGCAAGACACCUUUCAUGGCAGUCCCGUGGUCCCACUAGCCACAGCAUGGAAUUGACAUGUAUAACCGCAUUAUCUGCCUUUAUUAGCCAGAUAUCUUUAUACUGAUCCCACAGUCCGAUUGAGGAUAUAGGCUACUUGACUACUAUGCCAGCGAAGAAACACGGCGUCGCGAGGCUCUGUUCAUAAUUUGCUCACUGGUUCAUUGAUACAGGCACCACAUCGACUGAUUUGACGUCUAUUUCGGUGAAAAACAAACCCACAUCUGGAAUUGGGGUUAAGGGUUGCUCGGGGAAAUAGGCGCAAUGGCCAAUGCCUCCACAGACCUGGACAACGCGGAGGCCCAGCGCCAGCUCAACAACAACAACACCCGUCUGGCCGGCAGCUCGGGACACUGGGAAACCGAGGUGACCAGCUCCAAACUGUUUGAGUGUUCCCGCAUCAAGGCCUUGGCAGAAGAGAGAGAUGCUGUCCAGAAGAAGACCUUCACUAAGUGGGUGAACUCCCACCUGGCCAGAGUGUCCUGUCGGAUCGCUGACCUCUACAACGACCUCCGAGACGGCUACAUGCUCACCAGGCUGCUGGAGGUGCUGUCUGGGGAGAUGCUGCCGAGGCCCACGCGGGGUCGCAUGCGGAUCCAUUGCCUGGAGAACGUGGACAAGGCCCUGCAGUUCCUCAAGGAGCAGAGAGUCCACCUGGAGAACGUCGGCUCUCAUGACAUCGUCGACGGCAACCACCGCCUCACCCUUGGCCUCAUCUGGACCAUCAUCCUUCGCUUCCAGAUCCAGGGGAUUAAGAUUGAGUGUGACGACAACAGGGAGACGCGGUCGGCAAAGGAUGCCCUGCUACUCUGGUGCCAGAUGAAAACCGCUGGGUACUCUGAGGUCAACAUCCAGAACUUCACCACAUGCUGGAGAGAUGGUCUCGCCUUCAACGCUCUCAUUCACCGACACAGGCCUGAUUUGAUUGAAUUCCAUAAGCUGAUCCGGUCCAAUGCCACACACAACCUCCAGCAAGCCUUCAACAUUGCUGAGCAGAACCUGGGGCUCACCAAACUCCUGGACCCUGAAGACGUGAAUACGGAGAACCCAGAUGAGAAGUCGAUAAUAACCUAUGUUGUGUCCUACUACCAUUACUUCUCCAAGAUGAAAGCCCUUCGAGUAGAGGGCAAGAGAGUGGGAAAGGUCUUGGACAAUGCCAUUGAGGGUCAGAAGAUGAUCGAUCGAUAUGAGGCUCUGGCCUCGGAGCUCCUGGAGUGGAUCGAGAAGACCAUAGCCAUCAUCAGCAACCAGAAGUUUGCCAACUCCUUAACGGGUGUUCAGCAACAGCUUCAAGCCUUCACCACCUACUGCACCAUCGAGAAGCCCAUCAAGUUCCAGGAGAAGGGGAACCUGGAGGUGCUCCUCUUUACUAUCCAAAGCAAGCUCAGAGCUAACAACCAGAAACCAUACGUGCCUCAUGAAGGGAAACUCAUCUCUGAUAUCAAUAAGGCGUGGGAGAGGCUGGAGAAGGCGGAGCAUGAGAGAGGCGUGGCCCUACGGCAGGAGCUGAUUCGCCAGGAGAAGCUGGAGCUGCUGGCACAGCGGUUUGACCACAAGACCACCAUGAGACAGGCAUGGCUCAAUGAGAACCAGCGCCUCGUGUCUCAGGAUAACUUUGGCUACGACCUGCCAGCGGUGGAGGCCGCCAUGAAGAAGCACGAGGCCAUUGAGGCGGACAUCUCGUCGUACGAGGAGCGCAUCGGGGUGGUGGUGGAGCUGGCUGGGGAGAUGGAGACGGAGGGCUACUACGACAUCCGACGCAUCUCGGCCCGCAAGGAGAACAUCCUGGGCCAGUGGAGCCUGCUGAAGGAGCUGGUGGUGGGGAGGAAGGCCCGGCUGGAGAAGAACCUGGCCCUGCAGAAGACCUUCCAGGACAUGGUCUACAUGAUCGACUGGAUGGAGGACAUGCAGGUCCAGCUCCUUUCUAAAGACUUCGGCAAGCAUCUGCUGGAGGUGGACGACCUGCUGCAGAAACACAGCCUCCAGGAAGCUGACAUCACAGUGCAGGCAGAGAGGGUGCAGACCCUUAACACAGCCGCUCUCAAAUUCACCACCAUCGAAGGCUACCAGCCCUGUGACCCCCAGGUGAUCUGCAACCGGGUCAACCACGUCAGCACCUGCCUGGAGGAGCUCAAGCAGCUGGCAGCCAAGCGGCGCUCAGAGCUGGAGGAGUCACAGCACCUCUGGGCCUUCUUCCAGGAGGUGGAGGAGUCCGAGGCCUGGAUCCGCGAGAAGAGCUCCAUCCUGGCCGCCCAGACCUGCGGCAAGGACCUGAGCAGCGUGCUGCGGCUGCUCCAGAAACACAAGACCCUGGCUGGGGAGCUGCUGGCCCGCCGCUCCCUCCUCCAGCAGACCAUGAAGAAGGGUAAGCAGAUCCUGAUGGAGAAGAGCUUCGGCACGGGGAGCAUCCAGGAGCGCAUCAUGGAGGUGAAAGGGGAGUGGAAGAGGCUGGAGGACCAGGCGGCGCAGAGACUGGGCCACCUGCAGGAGGCACUCAACUUCUUCCAGUUCAGCACGGAGACGGACGACCUGCUGGCCUGGCUGCAGGACGCCUACCGCCUAGUGUCCAGCGAGGACUUUGGCCACGACGAGUACUCCACCCAGUCGCUGCUCAAGAAGCACCGGGGUGUGCGCGAGGCCGUGGACAAGCACCGGCUGCAUGUAGUAACUCUACGCAAACACAUGGUGGCGCUGCCACUGCACUACCGGGAGCUGGACGAGGUGCAGUCGAGGAUGGGCGAGGCAGAGCAGCUGUACGCCGAGGUGGCCGAGGUGGCCGUUCUGAGGCAGCAGUGGCUGCACGACGCGCUGGCCGUCUACCUCAUGUUCAGCGAGGUCAACGCCUGCGAGGUGUGGAUCGACGAGAAGGAGCAGUGGCUCAAUAAGAUGGAGGUUCCAGAGAGGCUGGAGGACGUGGAGGUCAUAGCCCACAGGUUUGAGAGCCUGGACCAGGAGAUGAACAGCCUGAUGGGAAGGAUCCUGGACGUGAACCAGAUAGUGCAGCAGCUCCUGGACAGUGGUCACCCCAGCUCUACAGAGGUCAGAGGCUGUCAGGACCACCUCAACAGCAGGUGGAACCGCAUCGUGGAGAUGGUGGAGCAGAAGAAGGACCACCUGGACUCUGUACUCCGUCUCCAGAACUACCUGCUGGAGUGUGCUGAGAUCAAGUCCCAGAUCCAGGAGAAGCGCAAGGCCAUCGACGCCACUCAGUACGUGGGCAGUGACCUGGGCGGGGUGCUGGCCCUGCAGCGCCGACUCUCUACCAUGGAGGGGGCCCUGGCUGUGCUGGAGCCCAAGCUGCUUCACCUGCAGCAGGAGGCAGAGGAGCUGGCCAUCUCACACCCGGCCAAAGCCAUGGAGGUCCUGGAGCCCUUCGAGGGCAUCAGUGUGGAGUGGGAGGAGCUGAAGCGCACGCUGCAGGGCUGCGAGGACUCUCUGAUGGUGGCGGGGCGGCUGCAGCAGUUCAUCCAGGACCUGGACUCCUUCCUGACGUGGCUGGUGCAGACGCAGACGGCGGCAGCUAGCGACGAGCUGCCCAACGCGCUGGAGGAGGCUGAGAGGCUGAUCAACCACCACGCGGCACUGAAGGAGGAGAUCGGGAGGUAUGAGGAGGACUACGAGCGGCUGCAGGCAGUCAACGAGCUGCUGGAGGCCGAGGAGGCUCCGCUACCCUAUGCUGCGCUACAGCAGUGGCUCCAGAAGCUGGAUGUGGGCUGGAACAAGCUGCUGGAGAUGUGGGAGAGCCGGAGGGAGGUGCUGGUGCAGGCGCACAUCUUCCACCUCUUCCUGAGGGACGUCAAGCAGGCCGAGGCCUUCCUCAACAACCAGGAGUCAGCCUUGGCUCACGUUGAGCUCCCCACCACGGUGGAGACGGUGGAGGCUGCCAUCAAGAAGCACAAGGACUUUACCACCACCAUGGAGCUCAACCUGCAUCGCAUCAAGGCUGUCAUCGAGGCCGGAGAGAGCCUCAUAAGCCAGAGCAACAUCUACUCUAACCGCAUCAAGGAACGUGUGGACACCCUCGCUAACAGAGGCAACCAGAACCGGGAGCUGGCCCAACAGUGGCUGGAAAGGCUCAACGGCCAGUGGGGGCUCCAGAGGUUACUACAGGACUGCCACGAGCUUGGAGACUGGGUGGCAGAGAAGAUGCUCAUGGCUCGUGACACGUCCCGCGAUGAGACGCAGAAGCUGCACAAGAAGUGGCUGAAGCACCAGGCCUUCAUGGCCGAGCUGGCCCAGAACAAGGAGUGGCUGGAGAAGAUUGAGAGGGAGGGCCAGCAGUUGAUCCAGGAGAAGCCCGAGCUGAGCCCGGUGGUGCGGAGGAAGCUGGGGGAGAUCCGGGAGUGUUGGCAGGACCUGGAGAGUACCACCCAGGCCAAGGCCCGCCAGCUGUUUGAAGCCAACCGGGCCGACCUGCUGGUGCAGAGCUACACCAGCCUGGACCAUCGGCUGCACCAGCUGGAGGGACAACUGUGCUACGUGGACCAGGGUCAGGACCUGACCAGCGUCAACAAGCAGCUCAAGAAGCUCCAGACGAUGGAGUGUCAGAUGGAGGAGUGGUAUAAGGAGGUGGGGGAGCUGCAGGUGGCGGCGGCCUCCAUCCCCCAGCAGGGCCAGGUCAUGGACACGGUCAGUGAGCGCCAGGCUGCCGUGGAGACGCGCAUCGUCCGCCUCAUCGAGCCGCUCAAGGAGCGCCGGCGCAUCCUUCUGGCCUCCAAGGAGGUGCACCAAGUGGGCCGGGACCUGGAGGACGAGAUACUGUGGGUGCAGGAGCGGCUGCCUGCCGCCACGUCUCAGGAGCACGGCUCCAGUCUACAGGCUGUGCAGCAGCUCAUGAAGAAGAACCAGACUCUGCAGAGGGAGCUGCAGGGCCAUCGGGCGAGGGUGGAGGACGUCCUGGAACGAGCUAAUGUCAUCGCCUCCAUCCGCAGCCCCGAGGCUGACUGUGUGCGGGCGGGCCUGGAGCAGCUCAGCGGGCUGUGGGGCCUGCUGUGGGCCGAGACAGAGAGAAGACAGCUGGUUCUGGAUGCCAUGUACCAGGCCCAGCAGUACUACUUUGACACGGCCGAGGUGGAGGCCUGGCUCAGCGAACAGGAACUGCACAUGAUGAACGAGGAAAAGGGCAAGGAUGAGCCCAGCACACUGCAGCUACUGAAGAAGCACCUGGUACUGGAGCAGACGAUAGAGGACUAUGCUGAGACGAUAGGCCUUCUCUCCCAGCAGUGCAGACAGCUACUGGAGAUGGGACAUCCAGACAGUGGGCAGAUCAGUAAGCGUCAGUCUCAGAUGGAUCGGCUGUACGUGUCUCUGAAGGACCUGGUGGAGGAGAGGAAGUCUCGUCUGGAGCAGCAGUACUGGCUCUACCAGCUCAACCGCGAGGUGGACGAGCUGGAGCAGUGGAUCGCUGAGAGGGAGGUGGUGGCCAGCUCGCCAGAACUGGGACAGGACUUUGAACACGUUACGAUCCUGCAGGAGAAGUUCACAGAGUUUGCAUCGGAGACGGGCAGUAUUGGUCAGGAGCGUGUGACGGCGGUUAACCAGAUGGUGGAUGAGCUGAUCGACUACGGCCACGCCGACGCCGCCACCAUCGCCGAGUGGAAGGACGGCGUUAACGAGGCCUGGGCCGACCUCCUGGAGCUCAUGGAGACCCGGGCACAGAUGCUGGCUGCCUCGCACCAGCUCCACAAGUUCUUCGCCGACUGCCGCGAGGUCUUGGCCCAAAUCGAUGAUAAGCAGCGGAGGCUGCCUGAGGUGCGGGCGCGCCAGGGUGGCACUGCCAACACCAGCACCCUGCAGAGGCUCAUGCACAGCUUCGAGCACGACAUCCAGCUGCUCGUCACUCAGGUGAGGCAGCUCCAGGAGAGUGCGGGUCAGCUCCGGACCAUCUACGCCGGUCAGAAGGCUGAGGCCAUCGCCGGCCGGGAACAGGAAGUGAUGCAUUGCUGGAAGGAGCUCUUGACUUCCUGUGAGGAGUGCCGAGUGCAGAUCACCACGGCAACAGACAAGCUGCGGUUCUUUGGGGUGGUGCGAGACCAGAUCAUGUGGAUGGACAGCAUCAUCUCUCAGAUCGGCACAGGGGACAAUCCAAGCAUUCCCCACAGCGAUAUAACGGGCUCUGGACUCUCUGGUCCUUUCAGGGAUGUGUCCUCAGUGGAGGUACUGAUGAACUACCACCAGAGCUUGAAGAGCGAGGUGGAGGCGCGCAGUAAGAGUGUGCUGCAGUGCAUCGAGAUGGGCAAGACGCUGCUGGCCGCGCGCAACCCUGCUGCUGAGGAGAUCAAGGAGAAGCUGGAUACGGUGGUGGCCAAGCAGUACGAGCUGUCUGAGAAAUGGGACAAACACUGGGAGGUCCUGCAGCACAUGCUGGAGGUACACCAGUUUGCCCAGGAAGCGGUGGUGGCCGAGGCCUGGCUCACGGCCCAGGAGCCAUUCAUCAACAGCAAGGAGUUGGGCGCCAGCGUGGAUGAGGUGGAGCAGCUCAUCCGCCGCCACGAGGCCUUCCGCAAGGCCGCCGCCACCUGGGAGGAGCGCUUCAGCUCACUACGACGCCUCACUACGGUGGAGAAGCUGAAAGCAGAGCAGAGUAAGCUCCCUCCCACCCCCCUGCUGGGUCGUAAGGUGUUCCUGGACCCCCAGGAGACGUCCCCUGCACGGAGCCAGGGCUCCCCCCUGAUGAGACGGAUCCUUUAUGAGCAGGCUGAGCCCAGAGCCGAGAGGCCCCCCCAGGAUCCCUCGCCCUCCUCCGUGGCCCACCGCCUGGGAUCCACCGUGGCCAACUACACCCCCAUACUGAAUGGCUCCAGUAGCUACCGCAGCAGCCUGGAGGCCCGUGCCAUCCCCGUGAUGGGGGGAGUGGUUGGGGGUGUAGUGGGGGUGGCAGCCGGCCUGGGAACAGCCACUAUGGAGGCCAGAGGGGUGGCAACAAAUUUAGGGACCACUGCUGCCAUGGAGGUCCGAGGGGUGGCAGCAGGGUUUGGGACUUCCACCUCGGAAGCCAGAGGGUUGGCAGCAGGAUUGGUCACCCCCGCGGUCGAGGCCAAAGGGAUAGCUGCAAGCUUGGUGACUGGUGCAGCUGCCGCAGUGGAGGUGAAAGCCUCGCAGUACCUCCGGCAGCCUAAGAUCAAACACAUGGACGACAUGGUGACGCCCAUGCUGGUGGCCUGUAGGCUGGAGAAGGCGAGAGAGAAGGAGGUGAGAGAGAGGGAGCAGAGAGAGAGGGAGAGAGAUAUUGGGUUAAUGGAGCCCGCGCCGGUGAUGCCGGUGAUGGCCGAGGUGGUGCUCCAGGAGAUGGGGAUGGGCAGGGAGAGGCUGAACAGCGAGCCCAGCAGCAGAGACCACCGGGCAGGGAGCAGCCGGUCGGAGCCCCAGCAGAGAGACAGGGACAGAGACAGUAGGGACAGUAGGGACAGUCACAGGGAAGCCAGGCUGGAGCGCCAGCACUCUAGUGAGGCGCUGAUGAUCCAGGCGCGGCGGGAUGAGCUGCCCCAGGAGGUGUGGCGGGAACGGGCCGAGCGCAAAGAGAGGAAACUGGAGAGGCAGACGUCCAGCGAGCAGGAGGGCCACGGACACGAGGGCCGGAGGAAAGACCGCCACCGGACAGAGAGACAGGAGUCCAGUGAACACGACACAGCCAAGGAGCAGUCAGACAGACGUUCUACGGAGAAAAGGUCAGGCGGCCAGACCUUGUUUGACAUAGUGGAGCAACUAAAAGAGAGAGAGGCAGCAACGGCCCGAGGGGAGGUCCCUAAAGUGCCAAACGGUGUGCCAGAGAAGUCUUCCGGACGUCCAGACCGGCCACGAGCACGGGACCGCCCCAAGCCCCGGCGGAGACCCCGGCCCAAGGACCCCUCUGCAGGAGAGGCCACCACCACCCGGCGGUCGCGCUCGGCGCCAGAGCCAGGGAUGGCCCAGAGCGUGAGCCCCUCGGUCCCCCAGCCACCCAGCCACACAGCCCACCACGAGGGCUUCCUCUUCCGCAAGCUGGACAUCGAGACCAUGAGGAAGAGCUCUAACAGCAGAUCCUGGGUCAACCUGUACUGUGUGCUCAACAAAGGAGAGAUAGGCUUCUAUAAGGAUGCUAAGAACACCACCACACCUUACAACAACGAGCCCAUGCUCAACCUCGGCCACUGCCACUGCGACGUCACCCUUGGAUACAAGAAGAAGAAAAACGUCUUUACGCUUAAAACGAAAGACGGAAGUGAAUUUCUGUUCCAUGCAAAGGAUGAGUCACAGGAUGAUCUAAAGGCCUGGACCACCAACAUCAACAAGAGCAUCGCAGAGCAUGAGGAGAUUGCCAAAUGGGGUCAGCCCCAGCCUACUACCUCAUCCACGGACGAGGGCACGCGCCGCGACGCCAGCAAGGCCGAUAACAAGUCAGACCGGGGGGAAAGGCCGCAGAGGGCCGAGCGCUCUGAGAGGUCGGAUAAGGGUGAGACCAAAUUGGACACCAAACGUUCAGAAAGGUCCAGCAAGAAGAAAUGAGUUUGAUGUUGUACGCUGGGUGGGGGAAAGGGAGAGGGGUAUAAAAACUCCCAGUCAAGACCCAUCCCUUUCACCUCAUCCACCUGCUUCAGUUUUGUUUAGUGUCGAAAAAGACAGGAAAAUCACCCUGGUGAACUGACAUGAGGGAUUUGAAGCACGAAUAUCAGUGUGCCCCUCCUCGUUGCCCUCUCUCUUUAUCUCUGUUGCUCUGAGUGUGUCAGACCUGGGCACUAACACUUCUUGCCCGGCUCGUUCCACCUCUGCCCUCUGGUGGUGACAUCGGUGCACUGCAGAAAGCAGAUGCUCUUGUAAGAGAUGAGCUGUAUCUGUAUGUAACUCUUGUCUGUCUAUUUAUGUAUUGUAUGUCUAGAACAUCCAAUCUUAUACUCCCAAACAAAAGAGAAUGAAAUAUGCCUAAAUGUUUUUCAAAACUGGCCUCUUUUUGGAGAACAAUUAUUUUCUGUUGUUUCCUUUUUUGUAUUUCUGCUCGUCCACUUUGCCAUCAUUCUUUUCUGGGCUCUCUUUUCUCACUUUUGGGAUUUUCUUCAGUAGGAAACUGUAAUAUCAUCAAACUCAUCCAAAUUGAAUUUGUACAAUUCAACAUUGAGCCAGAGGAGAAAGAGAAGAGGCAGGUAACAUCAGCCUUCACAAGCUUGUUCUGGCUUUUGGAUGGAUGAGCUGGAACCUUUACCCGGAGGCUGGCCCCCACGGCCAUACUCCGCUAUGCCUUCAUCUGGGGCCCCCGAGAGGCCCCCAGGGACCCAGCAGCCAUAGCCACCCAACACCAGAGGGACAGGACUGGAAGCCAUCUAGCAAGACAUCAAGCCUCCUCCUUCCUUCUCAAAGACCAUCAGACGGUGGUAACCGCACUCCAUUUACCCAGUAACAUUAUUUUUGUCCAUUCAGAAAAUAUCACAAUGCUUUUUAUAGACAGUCAAAAAAGAUAAAUGAAGUUGUGUGUGUGUGUGUGUGUGUGUGUGUGUCUGUUCAGCUGCUCACCACUCCCAGGGUUUUCAUAGCUCAGGUUUUUUUGUUCACAUCUGCGUCCUCAGUUCUCCCUCAGUCUUCCAGGCACUGCCAUUCCACAGGCCAGGCUUCUAACAGCUCAACUAACCACAAGAGUUGAUGAGGACACAGCAAGGAUCUAAGUUCAGGGGCCACACAGAAAUGACACGGUGCCGAUUGGUCACUCCAAGGCCUCAGGAGUGCAAGUCGAUGUCAAUUGGAUGUAAAGAAAAGCUUCCUACCUUUUGGUUGAAUGAAUCACAUGCAUGUCUUGCUUGGGAUAAAUCUCUUAUUGAGAGGCUUUGCAUAACAGUCCGAUCCUAUGUUCCUCUCACAGUAUGUAGCUAUCAGCAAUGAUGUUCACGUUUGUUCCUCUCCAUGCAUCAUACAAUAAAAUGAUAUGUUUGUCUUUGCACUGCAAAGCCAUAUUUGGUAAUGGGAAGUCUUAAAUUAUGGAAGCUAACGGACAAAUCCUUUGCCUGUUCCUUACGUCAGAGAUUUGUACAGAAGUGAGAAGUGAUGAUGACGAGAGAGUGCAGUGCAAAUAUCAUGAAAUCUGUUCUGAGUAGCUUUUUCUACCUUGUUUUUUUAAACACAUUUUAUGCAUCUAUAUAGGCGUGAAUGCCAAAUCAAUGCAAUCAAUAACGCAUGUUGGACACAACAAGGCAAGGAUCAACAGAACUUAUUUUUGAAUGAACAUAACUAUCACAUGGAAUG